AUGACGUUACGGAAAGAGAAAAAAACUCUCGUAUUUGAGGAGUUUUCCACUCGCACUGUUUUUGACGAAAAAAAGCGAAGGAGACUAAAAUUUUGGUCCGAAAGAAACAACGCAAAAGACAACAAAAAAGAGAAGAGAUAUUUAACGCACGAAUGCGAGACGAAUAGUAAAUACGAGCGAGAGAUGAACGCACAAACGCAUCAUCUUUCGCGCCGUGUGAACGGGAGGCUGCUUUCUCUCGAGUCGUCGUCGCUCGCGUCGUCGUCGUCGUCGUCCAAAAAAAAACAACCACCGCUCUUUGGAAGAUUUGGAGGAAAGAAGGUGGAGGUGGUUCUGCCACCCUCGCGCGCUUUAGGAAGCGGGAGAACGACGAUUUCGAAGAACACGAAUGGAGGGAGACAGUAUCCGUUCCCGGCGGAUUACGACGUGAUGGUCCAACAGGCAAGACAAGCGCUACAAAAAGCGAGAGAAGAUGGCGUGGAUUUAGGAGAAAUCCAGUUCCCUCCGGGAGGACUUGAUUUAGCGCCCGGCGACUUGGAAGGUAACGUAGAGUGUACGCUCACGGCGACGGUGUUGCGAAAGAUUUUGCGCGGGAUGAAAGAAGAAGAAAAAAUUACCGUCUUGUUUCCAGACCCGACGGAAUUGAAGUUGGCGAAAAGAGGACAGACUGGAAUGUGCGCACCGGACGGCGUCGCGCCGCCGGAGGUUUUCCAAACAGACCCUCUCUUUGAGGAUUGGAGAGGGGAAUUGAAUUAUCUGGACGACCCGAAUGCGUUUUCGGUGUCUGGUUUGGACAAAAUUUUCGGUAAAAGCGCCACGGUAAACGAUAGAGUAGAUAUCAACGAAGGCAACAUGUUCGUGUGCGCGUACCCUUCGGGAAACAUAGCGGAAUUGACGCAAACGCGUUUAUUGUACGAAAACAUUCGAGAAGAAAACGAAUCAGAUGCGCCGGCGAGCAAAAUAAAAACAAAGAGAAAAUCUCUCGUCGUCGUCAAUGGCGAACUCGAUCGAACACGUUCAAACUAUUACCCGUGGUUUUGGAAUAAAAACGAAAUGGAACCGUUGCGAGAGUUUUCGCAAUCGUUCGAAGGAAUAUAUUUCAUCCACAACUUCAAAGGCACUAACCCGGCGGUUUUGUUCAGAUGUUACCCGGACGAUUGGAGAGUUUUUCGACGAAGGCCGAACGACGCGGUCGAGUGCGUUUGGUCCAGUUCGACUCGACCGAAAAGUUUAAAGGAAAUCGCUUUGGACGUUUUGCCCAAGUUUCCGUAG